ACUAAUAUGUUCUAUGAGAAAAGAAAAUAGCAUCCCUGUUGACUCAAAACCUAAUUUACAUAGGCAGUAUCACAGAAUGAAAUAAGAAUUAACUAUAAUUGUUCCAUUUCCCGCUUAAUCCAGAAUGUAUAAAUAGCUGCUCUCCAUAGUCUUCUAACACACAACUACCAUCAACUUCAUUCAACAAAGAGCUCAGAAAGCAAUGGGGGCUUCAAGCUUUACUCUCAAGCCAUUGAGCUGUUGCCUCCUCCUUUGCCUUCUCGCCUUCCUGACUCUCCUAGCUUCUUUUGCAGCUGCUGAAACUCACUACCAUGAAUUUGUUGUUGAAGCGAAGCCAGUGAAGAGGCUGUGCAGAACCCACAACACAAUUACAGUCAAUGGCCAAUUCCCAGGGCCAACUUUGGAAGUCAGAAAUGGCGAUUCUCUUGCUGUCAAAGUUACAAACAGAGCAAAAUACAAUGUCACUAUCCACUGGCAUGGACUAAAGCAGCUAAGAAAUCCAUGGGCAGACGGACCUGAAUAUGUCACACAAUGUCCCAUCCAGCCAGGAGCUACAUACACAUACCGCUUCACAAUUCAAAACCAAGAAGGCACUUUGUGGUGGCAUGCACACAGCAAAUGGCUUAGAGCCACUGUCUAUGGAGCUCUCAUUAUCUAUCCUAGAUUGGGUACUCCAUACCCCUUCUCAAUGCCCAAGAAAGAAUUUCCCCUUCUACUCGGUGAAUGGUGGGACAGGAACCCACUAGAUGUCCAGAGGCUGGCACAAUUCACAGGAGGAGCACCCAAUGUCUCUGAUGCAUAUACCAUAAAUGGUCAGCCUGGUGAUCUAUAUAGAUGCUCCAAACAAGGAACUGUGAGAAUCCCAGUGGAAUCCAGCGAGACAAUUCUCUUGAGAAUCAUCAACUCUGCACUCAAUCAAGAACUGUUCUUCACCAUUGCCAACCAUAGAUUAACUGUUGUGAGUGCUGAUGCAUCCUACACGAAACCUUUCACAACGAGAGUCAUUAUGUUAGGACCUGGCCAAACUACAGAUGUCCUACUCACGGCUGAUCAACCCCCUGCUCACUACUAUGCUGCUGCACGUGCCUAUCAGACUGCUCAGAAUGCAGCCUUCGACAACACCACCACCACUGCCAUCCUUGAAUACAAGUCUGCUGCUGCUUGUGAUUCAAAGAAAGCAAAAUUUUCAGCUCCAGUACUGCCAUCGUUACCGGCCUACAAUGAUACAGCAACCGCAACUGCAUUUAGUGUUCAGAUAAAAAGCCCUUCCCAGGUCCAAAUCCCUACACAGAUCGACGAGAACCUAUAUUUCAUUGUAGGUUUGGGACUGAUUAACUGCACAGUUCCUAACAGCCCACGGUGUCAAGGACCAAACAAUACCCGUUUUGCAGCUAGCAUGAACAAUGUUUCUUUUGUAUUCCCAAAAACCACAUCCUUAAUGCAAGCCUACUAUAAUGGUAUACCUGGUGUGUUCACCACAGACUUCCCGCCAGUUCCUCCGGUGCAAUUUGAUUAUACUGGUAACGUGAGCCGGGGGUUAUGGACACCUAGUCGUGGAACUAAGCUCUACAAGUUAAAGUAUGGUUCUAGUGUACAAAUUGUAUUGCAGGACACAAGUAUUGUCACAACUGAGGACCAUCCUAUGCAUCUUCAUGGGUACCAUUUCUAUGUGGUUGGAUCAGGAUUUGGCAACUUCAACCCCAGAACAGACCCAGCCAAAUUCAACCUCAUUGACCCACCACUGAGGAACACCAUUGGAACAAAUCCAGGUGGAUGGGUAGCUAUUCGAUUUGUGGCUGAUAAUCCAGGUGUCUGGUUGAUGCACUGUCACUUGGAUGCACAUCUCGUCUUGGGUUUGGCAAUGGCUUUUGUGGUAGAGAAUGGAAAUGGACCGCUGCAGUCUGUCAUACCUCCCCCAGCAGAUCUACCCCAAUGCUAAGUUAUCAACAGAACAUCAGUAGUCGUGUGGGUUUAGUAGUUGCGAUUGCAAGAUUCACUGUCAUCUUGCAAACUUAGUAGUUUUACUAUGUAUUGGUUUGGGUGAAGUUGAUGUCAUGGAUUUCUCUAUGAUUUCUUUUCUAGAAUUGGAAAAUGCUGCGGCAAGUAGCUAAGUUGUCAUGUGUAUGAAUUGUUUUCAAG